CUCUAGUUUUGUUAACCAGAGUUUUCAGAUUACAAAGUAUUUCUCUCUCUUUUGCUAAGUUCUCUUCAGGGUAAGCAGUUAGUGAGAAAACUUAACAAAAGCAGCAGCAGCAGCAAAGACUAGAUAGACCAUGGAAAGCAGGGCGCAUCAGGCCAAUGGAGGGGAAACCUGUAUUUCUAUAGAGCAAGUUCGCAGUUUUAAUCAGCCUGCAGAAAGCGACGACUUCAAUACAUAUCGACCCUUAUUAGAUGCUGCAAUGUAUGAUGACUGGGAAUUUGCGGAAAAGUUUAUAGUUAGUCAUCCCGCUUCAGUGAAAGUUGCAAUCACAGUAUGCGGAAGGACUGCAUUGCAUAUUGCAGCUAGUGCCGGAAACUCAGAUUUUGUGGGAAACCUGGUCAAGCUCAUGCCCAAAGAAGCACUUGAAAUGAAACAGAGUUAUGAUGGUAAUACAGCUCUUCAUCUUGUUGUUGUUGCUGGGCUUGAUGAAGCUGUUAAAGUAAUGGUGCAAGAAAAUAAAAACUUAACAAGUAUUUGUAACAAAAAGGGGUUAAAUCCGCUACUCAAUGGAGCUAUUCAUGUCAGUGUAGAGCAUAGUGAGAUCAUUAGAUUCCUAUGUGGCGUUAUGAAAGAUGAAGAUUCAAGUUCCUUUGAAGGUCAUCUGGGAGCUCAUCUUAUAUGCAGUCUAACUCGUGCUGGUUUAUACGAAGUGGUAUAUAAUCUAAUCCGUGAACACCCAAGUUUAGCAAUUGCACGAGAGGACGAUGGCAACACUAUGCUAGAUGUUCUAGCAGAAAAGGGUUAUGUGCGAAGGCCAGCCUCUGCUCGACAAUCGACACUGUAUUUUCAAUUAUCACAAACUCAGCAGUACAAAUUUACGGAUAAUCCUACAUUAGUCGAGAAAAUUUUCUAUCCUACCCCAGAAGAUAGAGCUCUUCGCAGGGAACAAUUCAGAUCUUCUAUUUUCGUACCGGAAUUGGUAAAUAUGAUUUUUGAUGAAAUUUGGCGCAUGACCAAAGAAGACAUGUAUCAUUUUUUCUUGGAUUCGAAUUUCCCAAAAACUGCGGCAAAAACAGGUUCAAUUGAAAUUGUAAAAAACUGCAUUUCAACUUAUCCGGAUCAUAUUUGGAUUCCUCACGAGGGGAAAAACAUAUUCCAAAUAGCGGUGGAAAACAGACAAGAAAAUAUAUUAGAUUACUUGUACGAUCACAUGAACGCAGAUGAGAAGAUUUUAACUACUCGAACAGUAGAUUCAAAUGGAGGUAAUAUCUUACAUGUUGCUGCGAAAAUUACUCCUCCUUUUCGACUGGAAAGUAGUCCCGUCUUUCAAUUGCAAAGGGAAAUUUAUUGGUUUAAGAAAGUGGAAAAGAGGGUACCACCAGCUUUAAGAAAAAUGAGAAAUAAUCAAGGAGAAACUCCUCAAGAGGUUUUCACUCGGGAGCACCAAGAUUUAGUGAAAAAAGCAGAGACAUACUUUUUACGUACAUCGGAAUCAUGUCUAAUAGUGGCCGCUCUGGUAGCUACAGUUGCUUUUGCGGCAGCAUUCACUGUACCUGGUGGAAAUUUCAGCGACAGCAAUCAAGCUAACAAAGGAAAGCCACUAUUCUUGGGAAAGAAGUCAUUCCUUAUAUUCAUGGUGUUAGAUGCUCUAGCUCUCUUUUCUUCAACUUUCUCAAUUCAAGUGUUCUUAUCUGCCUUCGGUAUGACGCAUUCAGAAGCAACAUUUGCGAGAAUAAUCCCAAAUAAGCUGAAGUUCGGCGUUAAGUGUCUUAGAGUGUCAGUAGUUUGUGUGGUGAUUGCAUUUAGCAUUGCACUUUCGAUCAUACUUGGGAAUAGAUAUGUAUGGGCUCCAUAUCUCAUAGGUGCCGUUGCCUGUGUUUGUUGCAUGCCCUCUUUGUUUUCUCUGUCCGGGAUGGGUUUUACUAACGAUUUGGACUUUGUGUGGUUAAAAAUUAAAAUAUUAAGAAGAAUACAAUAAACUUGCUCUUA